UGCAUGUGUAUUUUAUUGAUUUUGAUCACACUUUUGAAUUUACUUUUAUUUGAAUCAAUAUGUAUAGGAUAUUAGUGCAUCAAUUUUUACAUUUAAAUAUUUAGAAGCUAACAGAAAAUUUGUACAUAAAUAAUUUUUUCUGCUUUGUAUAUAUAUAUAUAUAUAUAUAUUAACUAUUACUUUUAUGACCUUCAAAUAGGCAUUAUGGUAGAUUGAAAUUUUAUUCUGAUAAUUUGUUUACCAUAAUUAUAUUUUACAACAUAAUAUAUAUUUAUUUUAAUCUUAUAAUAAUUUUAUCAAUUGAUUUUAUUGUGCAUCUCAUUAUUUCUUUAAAAGACUAACUUGUGUGAGUAAUGUACAAAUAGAUUACAAUACUAAUAAUGGUCAUAUAAUUUUUUUUGAAACCAUAAUUCAUGAUUAUGAGCCAGUUGCAAUACCACAUACUUUUUGAUAAUGAUUAGAUUGUUCAAGACAAUCAAUAAGAAAUGCACCCAAGGCGUAUUUUGAAAUGGCACGACCUGGGGAUUCAUCAUGUUUUAUAAUAUAUUCUAAAUUUUCUGUACCUGCAAAAUAAUUGCAAUAAUUAUAUAAUAAUAAUUGGUUUGAUCGAAUUUUAAAAGAUAAAACAAAUGGAUAAAAAAAAUGUUUCUAUACUAGAAAUAUGUGGUGGUAAUAUGGCAAUCCAUUUUAAUCCACUUUCUUUCAGAAGAUCAAACAUACGCUGAUGAUCAGCAUUCAGAUCUUUGAAUAUAGCUGGUACGGCAUCAGGCUUAUAGAAUAAAAAUGCUAUAAAAAAAAAAAGGAAAAAAAAAAAAGAAAAAAAAUUUUUUUUUAAUUUUACAAAUAGGAUUUCCGCAUGUUUGUGAUAACCUUGAAAUGAUAUUUUUACCUGAUAAACAAACAGAAACCAAUUCAAUAUUGUGCUUCCUCAUAGCCUCUAUUAUAUUUUUCAUACCUUCCGAUAGUACAGUAGUUGGUUCUUAUGGUAAUUAAAAAUAAUAUUUAUAUUAUAUUUAAAGGAUUUUUAUAUUUAUAUGAAUAAGUAAAUCUUAUAUUUACUGUAAAUUUAAUAAUAAUAAUAUGAUUCUUACUAAGAUCGUUUCUAGUGCCAAGUGCAACAACAACAGCAUCUCUACCAGCUACAGCUUUCGAAACAUCUUUAUCGUUGGUAACAUCUCCAACAAUUACAUCCACUUUGUUUCUAAUGUUUUCUGGUAUCUUGGUAUUAUCUCUCACAAAAACUCUUACAUCCAUACCUAAGAUAAUUCAUUUCUCUACUACCAUGUAUUAAAUUGUCAUAAUCAAAUUUAUUAUAUAAAGUAAAGAAUUAUUAACAAGUGGUUGUAAAAAUAUGAUCUUUAAUAUUCCAUAGUAUGCUAAUAUAACAUGACAAUAGUGACAACAAUAAAGUUGAGAUGAAUAAUAUGUUGGGAUGGAUAAAUGACACAAAAGCAAACUAUAAAUAUUAAGAGGGCAAAUGACAUAAACAAAAAAUUAAUCUUAUCAUGCCAUAAGGGCAAAUAUUAUAUAUUUAUUUUGAUUCGAUUAAAAUUAAUAAAUAUUGACUAUCACAAUAAUUAAGAUUCAUAUUAACAAUUUUGACUUUUUACACAUACAAAUGUAAUAAUAAUAAUAGUAAUAAUUGAACUAUUGAUUUUAACUUGUUGCUAAGGAUAUUAUUAGAACAGAUGCUAAUCCUACGGCAGAACAGAAAAAUGUGCUUCUACUUUUGGCUGAUGAUGCUGGGUUUGAAAUGAGAUCGUACUUAAAUAAAAUUUGUCAAUCACCCAAUUUAGAUUCCUUAGCAAAAGAAAGUUUGCUAUUUAAUAAUGCAUAUACUUCAGUUAGCAGCUGUUCACCUAGUCGUGCUGCAUUAUUAACUGGUUUACCAAGUCAUGAAAAUGGAAUGUAUGGACUGCACCAUGGGGUCCAUCAUUUUAAUUCAUUUAAUAAUAUUGAAAGUUUGCCAAAAAUAUUACAAAAAAAUAAUAUUAGAACAGGUAUAAUUGGUAAAAAACAUGUAGGUCCAGGAAAUGUAUAUCCAUUUGAUUUCUCAUAUACAGAAGAGAAUAAUGAUAUAUUACAAGUGGGACGUAAUAUCACAAAAAUUAAACUUUUAGUUAGAGAGUUUCUUUCACAGAAUAAAACGCAACCAUUUUUCUUAUAUAUUGCUUUUCAUGACCCACAUCGAUGUGGUCAUACACAUCCACAAUAUGGCAAUUUCUGUGAAAAAUUUGGUAAUGGAGAUAUUGGAAUGGGUACAAUUCCUGAUUGGCAUCCAAUAUAUUAUCAGUGGGAUCAGGUAAAAGUACCAUAUUUUGUACAAGAUACUGAAGCUGCUAGGAGAGAUAUUGCUGCACAAUACACAACAAUUUCUCGUUUAGAUCAAGGCGUAGGCUUGAUUUUAAAUGAGCUUAAAGAUGCAGGUUUCAAAGAUAAUACUUUAAUACUUUAUACAUCUGAUAAUGGGAUUCCAUUUCCUAACGGUCGUACUAAUCUAUAUGAUUCUGGUAUGGCAGAACCUAUGAUGAUUUCAUCACCAAUCCAUAAAGAACGAAGAAAUCAAGUAACAUAUGCUAUGACAUCUUUACUGGAUGUAGUACCUACUUUGUUAGAUUGGUAUAAUAUAUCUUAUACAAAUGAAGCAUUGAAUAAAAAUGAAGUUUUUCUACCAAACCUUACAGGCAGAUCUCUUCUUCCACUCCUUGUUAAAGAGUCACAGGAGGAGAGAUCAAUUUUUGCUAGUCAAACUCAUCAUGAAGUUACUAUGUAUUAUCCUAUGCGCGUGAUUAGAACUAAACGCUAUAAAUUGAUACAUAAUUUAAAUUAUAAAAUGCCCUUUCCAAUCGAUCAAGAUUUAUAUAUAUCUCCAACUUUUCAGGAUCUUUUAAACAGAACAUAUAACAAACAACCUCUUCCAUGGUAUAAAACAUUAAAGUCGUAUUAUCAAAGACCAGAAUGGGAAUUAUAUAAUUUAAAAUAUGAUCCUGAAGAAAGGAACAAUAUAUUUUCGAAGCCAUCGAUGAAGGGCAUAGUGAUUGAUUUACAAAAACAAUUGUUCAAUUGGCAGAAUGUUACUAAUGAUCCAUGGUUAUGUGUUCCACAUGGAGUCUUACAAAAUACCGGUGAUCAUAUAAAUAAUCCACAGUGUAUGCCCUUAUAUAAUAUAGAUUAGAAGAUAUGAUCUUUUUUUUUUUACUCAUUAAUUUUGUUACGUCCUAAAUAAUAUGAUCUGGUGGUAAAUAGAAAGUUUAUUUCUACAUUUUAUAUUUAAUCUAUAUACAUAUUUACAAAUAUACAAAAAUAUUUAAAAAAUA